AUGAUUCAUUGUUAUAAUGACGAAAAGUUAUCUGAGGAAGUGUGCAAAACUAGGGAUGAGCUUUUUAAAGAAGGUUAUCGUGUUACUUCAUUUUAUUACGUUAAUCGAAGAAAUGCUGAUCUCAUUUUAAAGAAAGCACAAGGAAUACUAUAGCUUAUUGCGGAACUCGAAGCUUCAGCGAUUUAACAACUGAUGUUAAUAUAUGCCAACCGCUCCUUCGUUUUUUAGUUGAUGAACAUGGAAAAGUAUAUGGAAGAGUGCAUAGAGGUUUUUACAACGUACUUCAAGACUCUUUUGACGAACUUGAAUCUGAUCUUGAACAUUAUGCUAAAGCAUAA